AUGGAUAUGGAUACAAACGGAGCUUCACCGUCGCAGUCGCAGCCACCACUAUCGCUCCAGGAAACGCCGCGCGCGGACGUUGAUGAUAUCCUCCGGAGGAAAAGGAAAGCUCGCGAAUACAAGGCCUGCUAUCCAUGUCGACAGCGAAAAGUAAAAUGCGACCAAAAUGUGCCAUGCAAAACAUGUAUCGUGCGAGAACACCCUGAACUAUGCACGUAUCAUCCGCCGACAGAGACCCAUCCGCCCGCGAAACGAGCGCAAAUACAUCCUCCCUCGAGUGGCGUUGAGUUGCCGAAUGGAAUCAUAGAUUACGCUGCUGGCACAGUAACACUGUCAAGAGAAGACUGGGACAGAAUAUGCGCAAAGCUCAUAACGAUGGAGAACUCUAUGUCGGAGUUGCGAGGGUCUAUAAAGAAUCUGGGAGAUAGAACACCCCCAAGCCAAUCACAAGCCAUACAGCACCCGGCUCAGCAGGCCAUGAUGACAGGGGAGAAUGGCUCUUCGAACGGAGAUCUAGAGUUGAGCCAUAUUCGAACACAAGGGAUACAUACGACCAAUUCAUUGACGGGUGAGACUGUCCACGUCGGAGGUGGGUCAGUGCCUGCUUUGAUAAUGGCUCUAGGCAGAGGUGAUCUUGAAGUCCCUGGUGUUCAGGAGCUUUUGGGGAAGAAGAGCAUACUACCACUUUUCGGACUAGACAAUGAAAGCGCAACUUAUCCCUUCGUGGAUCUUUGGGGCUUACCUCAUGGCUCCAUCAUGAAAGCGACCGAGAUAUCAGGCGCCAUUCCUAAUGAUCAGGAUUGCCUCAGCUUGUUCAGGUAUCAUCGAGAAACUGCUCAUAUUAUCUAUCCAGCGCUAGUAGAGAUUGACAAAUUUGAAGCCGACUUAAUGCUGUUCCUUAUCAAUAGAGCGAACACUCAACAAGGCGAUGUCAAUGAUGGGAUCACAGAGCAAUCCAUUUAUGGAAAAAACCUACACUGGAUCGGUCUAUUCUUUGCUGCCUUGGCAUCAGGAUGUCAAUGCUCAUCGAUGCCUCGAAAAGAGCGGGACUUGACGUCUCAAGUUUAUGUCUGCUGCAGUUUUGAGUGUUUGCGAUUUACCAACUUCCUAUCUCAGCCUACCAUGGAGACGAUCCAGACUUUACUGAUAUUAGGCAAUGUCAUAUCAAAUAACAUGAAUGCUGGUGUCGCAUGGUCACUGAUGGGGCUGACUGUGCGGCUGUCGCAAAGCAUCGGCCUUCAUCGCAGGUGUCCUGACACGACUCCUGCGGAAGUCAUGAAAGUCCGAUGUAGGCUAUGGUGGAUGACUCUUUGGCAAGACACCCAUCUAUCGAUAUCGUACGAUCGGCUAGCAGCUUCAGCCAUGACCGAUGGCUACCCUUUCCCGAGCGACGACAUAUCGUCGCCAGGUCACCGGUCAUAUGCUGAAUCAAUGUACCGGCUCGUCAAGUGUGGCCUGUCCAUCUUGGAAGACCGUUCCAAACCGCAAGAUUCCGACAGAGCUCUACAAAGAAUAACGGAUCACCGAAACGAGCUGCAGAGCGUCGUUCUUCAAGCAGCUGACUUUCUAAGAGACUCCAGGAGAUGUCGAUCGAUGCGAGAUCAGCUUGAGCAUUGGGCCCUAUACCUCUACAUGUCGUACGUAACAUCAGAGCUUUGCCGGCCAGCCCUCAAUCCAAGCAACGCCAGACUUGACUUAUCAAAAACGCUUCGCAAAACUUGUGUCGACGCACUUACAAAUACGGUUGAAGCAUUCCUGGGCCUGCAAAAUAUGACGGCUUUUGCCAGCCGUUCAUGGGUUGCCGUGCAUCGAGCUCUUAGCUCUUCGCUUCUUCUCACGGUCAUUGGUGAAACGCAGCGAAAUGAGCGAGCGAAAGCACUGAUAUCGAACCUCGUCACCAUACUUGGUGAAAUUAUCUCCAAAGUUGACCCCGUUGAGAUGUCAGCGCCUAUCACAAGAUCUAUUGCAGCUUUACGAAGGCUGGUAAACCUUCCUGAAGGCCCUAUCGUUCCUGUACCAGAGAGCUCCAACACAGGCUCACCUGUGAUGGUGCACAAUCUGGAAAAUAUCCAGAACCUACUCAAUUUCGACGACCCGACCUACGGGAGCGACAAUUCUCUUGCUGGUCUGGAUGCAGACCAGAGUCCGUACGCGCUCGUGGACUCUAUUAUCUGGGGAGGCAAUGGAAAGCAAGCAGGUCAUCCGCCUGUAUGA